AUGUCCGAAUACGACUCAUACGGCUCCGGCGACGAGCUCUUCGAUGAUGUCAAUGUGGAGAGUCUUGUUGCCACGACUAAACGCGCUCGCGCUGCUGAUGAUGACGACCAGCAACAAACCCAGCAGCCUGACAAACGAAUCAAGACACAAAACACUGAAGACACGGAACACAAUACCAUUGCUAAUGAAGACAUUGAUGACGAAGUUCUAGGACGUCUUGCCAAGACUGCGUUGAAAGAGAAUUUUGGGUUUGAAAUCUUUCGCCAUGAACAAUUCGCUGCCAUCAAAUCUAGCUUACGAGGCCAUAAUGUUCUCGUCGUCUUUCCUACCGGCGCUGGUAAGUCCCUAUGCUAUCAGAUCCCAGCAAUCACGUUUGAGAAGGUAGAUGCCAUCAACGGUAGAGGUGGUAUGGUGUCAGGCAUCACCAUUGUCGUGUCACCUCUGAUAGCUCUGAUGAAGGACCAAGUAGAUGCCUUACUACGUAGAGGUAUUGCGGCUGCGUGUAUAGACUCUAGCAAGACCCAGGACCAAGUCCAGUUAACCAUGGCCGCUAUAAGGAAGGGGCAACUGAGAUUACUCUACUGUGCACCCGAGAGAUUGAACAAUGAAGGUUUUGUCGAAAGCAUGAAGCAUGUUCCAGGAGGUGUUCGGCUUGUUGCUGUCGAUGAAGCCCAUUGUAUCUCCGAAUGGGGACAUUCCUUCCGGCCUGAUUAUCUCAAGGUAGCCCGCUUCGUUGAGGAGGUCAAGGCAGAAAGGGUCGUCUGUCUCACGGCCACGGCCACUCCUCGCGUUGCCGACGAUGUGGCCAAUGCAUUUAAUGUGCAGAAGUCAAACAUAUUCCGCACUUCCCCCUACCGACCCAACCUACAAUUAUGUGCCGAAUCGGGAAUGACGAAGCAAGGCAAGUUUCCAAAGAUUUUUGCUUUCUUGCGCAAACAUCCCGGCUCAACUCUCGUCUAUGUAACACUUCAGAAACAAGCCGAGUACCUUGCGGCGGACCUCAUCGAACAAGGCUUUGAUGCAGUCGCUUUCCAUGCCGGCCUCCCAACGGACGUCAAGGUCAAAGUCCAAGAUGACUUCAUGGCUGGCAGAGUUCGCAUAGUUGUAGCGACAAUUGCGUUUGGCAUGGGAAUUGACAAGCCCGACAUACGCAACAUCCUGCACUUUGAUCUCCCAGCCACAGUGGAAGAAUAUUCCCAGCAGAUCGGACGCGCAGGGAGAGAUGGCAAGCCCAGCUAUUGUAUGUUCUAUCUCUGCCACGAGGACUUCUACAUUCGAGAGAACUUUGCUCGAGGUGACCUACCCUCCUUGCAAUCUCUGCGUCGACUAUUAGAUGAUAUAUUCCACCGACCAGCCGUUCCUGCUGUAGAAGGAAAUGUCAUCAAGCUGAACCAGACGGCUUUGGGUCAGGAUUAUGAUAUUCGAUCUAGUCCCCUUGCCAUUUUGCUGUCAACACUUGAGUUGCGAUUUGGCCUGAUCCGGGCCAUAACACCGGAAUACACUUCGUAUAAGUUCGAGGCCAAGCAUGGCUACCUGAUGAAAAACCCUAGUACGGUCAAUUCGAAGGAGGAGAAGGCGAUUUUGUUAAACGCCAAAAAGGCUAUUACGUUGUAUACCAUCGAUGUAAAUGCAACCGCAAAUUCUGCCGGAUUGUUGCGCGCCGAUAUCAUUCGAAAGCUGAACGAUUAUCACGACAGCGGCAUCAUCCAACUCAAGACGGGUGGUGUUGAAAAUAGGUACAAAAUCCUGAAGCCGCUUCCAAACACGGCGAAGGAGAUUGACGAGAUCACGGACAAGGUCUAUAUUGAUAUGCAGAAUCGUGAAGAAGACGCGCUGAAACGCACGCAAGAGGUGGCUGAUCUGAUUACUGGUGACAAAUGCUUUGCUCUAAGCCUUGCCCAACAUUUCGGCAUGAGCUUGCCAGACGGACUGACUAAAUGCGGCCACUGCACGCACUGCCUAACAGGAAAACGCGUCAUACUGCCGCCGAUGCAGCCACCACCCGUCAAUUUAAAGGGGAUAUUCAACAUCCUUCAGGAGUGCAACGUUCGGGACGACCCGAGAUUCCUAGCCAGAGUUGCUUUCGGUAUCAAAAGCCCUCGAGUCAUCCAGCUCAAACUACACACGAGUAAGGUAUUCGCAUCGUUGGCAGAUCACGACUUCAAGUCUCUAUUGAAGGAGUUCACCAAAGCGUGCGAGGCAGCGAAUUUCAAGAACGAAGAUCGGUUGCCUAAGCCGACUGCUCGUUCAUCUGUGGGAAAGAAAGCUGGCAAGUAUACUGGCAAGUAUACUGGCAGUUAUGCUGGCAAGUUCACUGGUAGUUAUGCUGGCAAGUCCACUGGCAGUUAUGCUGGCAAGUCUGCUGGCAAGUCUACUGGCAAGUAUGGUUCGAGAUAUAAAUAA